CACAAUCAAAGCUAAUUUACCAGUGAAGUGGAAUGCUAACAUUACAAAAAAUCACUUGCUUUUCAGGUUUCAUAAAGGGCUGUACUAGCUGCAAAAUCGUGAUGCACUGCCUUAGACCAAAAUGUCAGUCAUUUGCGCUGUCCCGUGUGAACCACAGAGCAGCCACUUUCACUGUGCUUUACAUUGUUUCAUUUAUAGUCUCUGUGACCCACUGUUGGACUUACCAUUACUCCACAAAUGACAUGUCCUAUGACGAAGCUCAGAAAGUUUGUCAGAGUAAAUUUACUGAUCUUGUGGCCAUACAGAAUAAAAAAGAGAUUGAAUACCUCCAAGAAAACAUUCCCACAAAUAAAAACUAUUAUUGGAUAGGAAUAAGGAAGAUUAAUGGUGCAUGGACUUGGGUGGGAACCAACAAGACGCUUACAAAAGAGGCAGAAAACUGGGGUGAGAAUGAACCAAAUAAUAAAAAGAACAAUGAAGAUUGUGUUGAGAUAUAUAUUGGGAGAGCAAAGGAUUCAGGGAAGUGGAAUGAUGAUUCCUGCAAAAAGAGGAAACGUGCAUUGUGCUAUACAGCAUCAUGCAAUAGUACAUCAUGUAGUGGCCAUGGCGAAUGCAUUGAGACAAUCAACAACUUCACCUGUGCUUGUCAUGCAGGAUUUUAUGGAGAUCUGUGUCAGCAUGUUGUACAAUGUCCCCAUUUGCUAAAUGAACCAUUGACAUAUAUGAAUUGUUCCCAUCCUUGGGGAAAUUUCAGUUUUGAAUCCCUCUGUCACUUUGAAUGUCUUGAUGGAUUCUUUCUGAAUGGAAUGGAUAAUAUCCAGUGUCUUUCCUCCGGGAACUGGAGUGAAGCAACUCCACAUUGUUCAGUUGAACAAUGUCCCCAUUUGCUAAAUGAACCAUUGGCAUAUAUGAAUUGUUCCCAUCCUUGGGGAAAUUUUAGUUUUGAAUCCCUCUGUCACUUUAAAUGUCUUGAUGGAUUUUUCCUGAAUGGAAUGGAUACUAUACAAUGUCUUUCUUCUGGGAACUGGAGUGAAGCAACUCCACAUUGUUCAGCUGUACAAUGUCCACAUUUGGUAACUCAACCAUCAACGUAUAUGAACUGUUCCCAUUCUUGGGGAAAUUUCAGUUUUAAAUCCCAAUGUCAAUUUGAAUGUCUUGAUGGAUUUUUCCUUAGUGGAACUGAUAACAUCCAGUGCCUUUCUACUGGAAACUGGAGUGAAGCACCUCCACAUUGUUCAGCUGUACAAUGUCCACAUUUGGUAACUGAACCAUCAACGUAUAUGAACUGUUCCCAUUCUUGGGGAAAUUUCAGUUUUAAAUCCCAAUGUCAAUUUGAAUGUCUUGAUGGAUUUUUCCUUAAUGGAACUGAUAACAUCCAGUGCCUUUCUACUGGAAACUGGAGUGAAGCACCUCCACAUUGUUCAGAAAAUUUGAACCUCCUGCAUUCUCAGAUCGAUCAUCAGAGACCAGUAUUUAUAUUAGGUUUGGCAACUGCUGCCAGUGCUUUAACCCUUGCACUAGCUUUGUGGCUAAUUCAUCGACGAUUUAAAAAAGCAAAAAAAGAUAGGAAAAACGCCUAUUAAUAUGAGGACGAUGAUGAUAAUAAAACCUCAGCAGUCAAAAACCCUUUGUCCAAUUCAUACAAUAUUUGCCAUGAUAAUGAUUAAGCAAACUAUUACCAAAUGUAUUCUGAUUUACUCUAAUAUACAAAGUAUAUAAUAAUAUAUAAUAUAUAAUAAUAUAAUACAUUUACACCUGCAGCCAUGCUGGUUGGAUAAAACCUUUAUUUAAUCAUAUUUUAUUUUAAACAUACUGUAGCUUCUUGAUAAUUAUAUCAACAUUUAUUGAACACUGUUUCCUUAAUAAACCAUUACAAAAG